AUGGAGCAAAUCCCGACAUAUUCUAAAUUCCUUAAGGAGAUUGUUACCAAGAAAAGAAAAGCUGAGAAGUACGAAACAGUUGCCACGACAAAAGAAUAUUGCUCUGCCUUAAGUAAGCUGCCACCAAAAAGACAAGAUCCAUGUAGUUUUAUCAUUCCGUGUGUGAUAGGAGAAAAUUAUAUUGGGAAGACACUAUGUGACCUUGGCUCAAAUGUGAACUUAAUGACUAAGUCAAUCUUCAUGAAGCUUGGAAUAGAAAAUGCGAGACCCACAUUUGUUAUCUUGCAAUUAGUCGACCGCUCCCAUGUUUGUCCCGAGGGACGAGUCGAGGAUGUCAUUGUAAGGGUGGACAAAUUCGUGUUUCCAGUAGACUUUCUUAUAUUGGAUUGUGAGGUUGAUGUUACAACACUCAUAAUCUUGGGGAGACAUUUCCUACCUACGAGGCGUAUUCUUUUUGAUUGUGAGAAGGGUGAGCUUACCAUGAGAGUGGCCUACCAAUGUGUCACUGUUAAUGUUUUCCAUACUCUCAAGUACAUGGAUGAGGCUGAAGAAUGCCUGAGCAUUUUUGAAGCGGAUUCAUUGAUAACAAGAGAAGUUGAUCAAUUUUACCAUGACAAUUUCAUUCAGCUAGAAAAUUAUGAGAGGCUAUUUGAAGUAUGA